UGAUGAUUACGUUUAAUGAGGGUAGACUUGUCAGAGAAGAAUCUUGAAUAGCUUUGAUUGCCUCCACAUUAUCAGAUUGAAUUUUCACACCAUCAUAGCUCCUAAUUUGGAUGAGGGUCAGACCAUCAAGUAUACUCCAUAAUUUAGCAUCAAAGAUUGAAUAUUUGCCCAAGUUUUUGUUGUACCCCAUAAUUCACUCUCCAUUUUCAUUCCUUAUGACCCCGAAAAAAUAUAAUUUUUAAGACAUUUUUAUACAAUAAAUAUUAACUUUUACAAUUUAGACUUUAACUAAAUUGAUUCAUUUAAUAAUAAAUGGACUAAACUAAUUCAUUCCCUAUUAUACAGGGACCUUCCAUGUAUUUUAACCCUCGUAUUUGCAGCCCAAACCAUAUAUACAGGUGUGGCAUGAUUUAACCGGGUCGGACCUGACCCAACCAUGCCAAAUUGGACGCAUGUAGUAGCACAACUGCAAAUUCGCAAAAAAAUAAUUAAAAAAAAUGGAGUUUUGGAGCCAAAAUAUAAAACUUUCUUCGUUAAGAAAAAAAAAACUAAACCUUUAUGAAUAUGACGAAAUGGGUUUUUACUUUUGUGCCAGAUAAGUCUCCUUUUUAGCUAAUAUUAUUGCUUUAGAACUUGCUUUUUUGCAUUUGAAAAUAAUCCCAAAAAAAAUGAAUGAAAUUGGGGGUUAUAUUUGAUUUCUACAAUGUUGCAUGUAAUUUAGGUGUUUAAUUGUUUUCAGAUUUUCUGAAUCUUCGUGCUUGAUUUCACUUUAAUUGCUGUAUCCACUCAAAAGGUUCUGCUUUUAAUUUACCAUCUAUAUUAGCAGAAUUUCCUUUUCUGGUUUUAAAAGGUUUAAAAAGCUUGAAAUUUUCUUUUUGUUUGGUAAACUAUGGAGGGAAAUCCAGUAUCAGAUGAUAAUUUGAUUCAAGGUGAUGGCUCAUUUCAGGUUCAUGAAGGGUUAAACCCACAAUUUUACCAAUUUCAAGAUGUUAUGAAAGAAAUUGGAAAAUCUUGUGAUGAUAAUUGGAAUAAUUUUGAUGAAGAAGGUGGUGGUGGUUGUGAUGGAUGUUGUGAUGGUGGUUGUAAGGGGAAAGGCGAGUUCUUGUGGCGGCGAGUGAAAUGGACGGUGCAAAUGGUUAAGCUGUUGAUCAAUGCUGUUUGUUAUAUCGACGAAGAUGCGUCUUCUGAUUGUCAAGGUGGUAUCAAGAGAAAACCGUCUAUGUCGCAUAAGAUAGGUAAAUGGACAUGUGUUUCGAAACUUAUGGUUGAAAGGGGUUAUCGUGUAUCGCCUCAACAAUGCGAGGACAAGUUCAAUGAUUUGAAUAAAAGAUACAAGAGACUCAAUGAUGUGCUUGGUAAAGGUACUUCUUGCAAGGUUGUGGAGAAGCCGGAGCAUUUGGAUGUAAUGGACGUAUCCGAUAAGGUAAAAGAGGAAGUGAAGAAGAUUUUGAGUUCGAAGAAUUUGUUUUACGAGGAGAUGUGUUUGUACCAUACCGGGAAUAGAUUGUAUCUUCCUCAAGAUCCCAAGUUGCAAUGCUCCUUGCAGUCGAGGCAGUACAAUGGGGAUAAUGAGUUCGAGAAAGAACUGCACGAUGCUGAACCGGAUGAUGUGUUUCAUAAGGGAAACGACGUGAGUUUGAACGGUAUGGAGUAUGGCAAAAGCAGCGCCUAUGGAUUGCAAGAGCAAUGGAUGGCAUUCCGUUUACUCGAGCUGCAAAAGCUGAAGUUACAAAUUCAGGUCCAAAAGCUUGAGCUCGAAAAGAAACGGUUUAAGUGGCGAAGGACAAAUUGGAACCAGGACAAGGAUUUAGAUAAGACGAGGCUGGAAAAUGAAUGCAUGAAGCUUGCAAAUGAGCUAUUGGCAUUUGAGUUAGGAACAAGGAAAGGAGUAGUUUCUGAAACUGAUUUUGUAAAGACAGAGCGAAAGGUCAGAUGGAGGAAAUGGCCGUUUUUGCUACAUGCAACAGAUAAGUCCCAUUUGGCUAUUUGAGUUUGUUAUAUACAUUUUCUUUCUUGUUCAUAAAUUUAUGAUUUGGCUCUCG